AUGGCUGAUAAUGAUAUUUCUGGAAAUGAAAUAUCACAACUUGUUGCAUAUACACCUGCUGAUGCUAUAUAUAUAAAUUCAAGUCAUCAUGUUGCCAUUGCUGGUGAUCAUUGUUCAACAAAUUAUCAUCAUCAACAACAACAACAACAACAACCGAAUAUGAUAUAUUCGCCAUCAUCAUCAACAGAUUCAGUUUCAGAUAUUGGAUCAAAUAAUGAAAAUUUACAUUCAUCAAAGAAUCAACAACAACAACAAACAUCGUUUACUAUUGAAACGACCACGAAUGAUGGUAUAAACAACAAAACAACGAAUACAACAUCAGCUUCAUAUCAAAGAUCAUUAUUAAAACUACAACAUCGACGAUUAAAUGAAAUGACAUUAAAAUGGUUGGAUGAUAAUUAUGAAUUACGUGAAGGUAUCUGUUUACCAAGAUGUUUAAUAUAUCGUCAUUAUCUACAAUUUAUGCGUUGUAAUGCACCGGAUUCCAAGCCAGUUGGUGCAGCUGCAUUUGGAAAGUUGGUUAGACAAAAAUUUUCAAAAAUCUCUACACGUCGUCUUGGUACACGUGGUCAAUCGAAAUAUCAUUAUUAUGGUAUUAGUAUCAGGCAAACAUCACCAUUAUUUCAUGAACAAACAUCAUUGGUCUCUUAUCAAAAUUAUGGUGGAUCACCAUCAAGUUUGGCAUUACAAGAUUUACGUUAUCAUCAACCAAAACAACAACACCACAAUCAAUCCACAAAUUAUCAUCAUUCACCCAAUAGCUAUAAUAUUAAUGAUGAUGAUCAUGAAUAUGCUAGAUCUGGAUUAAUAUUUAUUCAGUGA